AUGAUGAAGGUUGAGUUAAAUUGGUUACAUCGGGAUCCAAGCACUAUCCAGGCUAACGCAGAAGCGAUGAAUGCAGAUGAUGGAACUGAAAUUAGCGUUAAUAGAAAGAUUUGGUCGGAGGUAUUCGAGAAUGACAUCAUUCUUACACUCCCACAAGCUGAAUCAAUUCUCAUGGAGACAGGGAAAAAACGUGGGAAAAGGCAGGCACAACCUACGCCGAGUUCGUUCUGGCCAACCCACACGAUAUCCUAUGAAUUUGCCGUUCAGGAGAGGAACUUCCAGAACUUGAUUCGUUCCGCGCUAAGGCACAUCGAGCAAAAUACUUGUAUUCGCUUUAAAGAAGGUGGCAGAGACAGAGACGGACUGCGCUUCUUUCGUGGUUCUGGAUGUUGGUCUAAUGUGGGAAGAACGGGCGGCCGUCAACUUGUCUCCAUUGGGUACGGAUGCGAUAGUCUGGGAAUCGUAGCUCAUGAAACCCUUCACGCUCUCGGAUUAUGGCAUGAACAAUCACGUGAUGAUAGGGACAAAUUCAUUAAAAUCGUAACUGAUAGGAUAAUUAGGGGCACCGAAGGUAAUUUCGAGAAGAGGACACCGCAGACGAGCGAUAACAUGGGACAACCCUAUGAUUUGGGCUCCGUUAUGCACUAUGGCCCAAAGGCGUUCACGCAAGACUGGAACGUGGAUACAAUAGAAACAAGAGACAAGCGCUAUCAGCACACAAUUGGUCAACGUGAAGGAAUAUCUUUUAAGGAUGCAAAAAUGAUCAAUCUACGGUACUGCAUGAACGUGUGUCCAACGAAGCUACCAUGCAAGAACGACGGAUACACUGAUCCGAACAACUGUGCGAAAUGUCUAUGUCCGAAAGGAUAUAACGGAGUGUACUGUACUGAAAUAGAACGAACUUCUUGCGGUGAAGAACUGACAACAACGCAGAAUUUCCAAACCAUUCGGAGUGGACCAGUCUAUGCAAACAGUUACUGUGUAUGGAGAAUAAAGUCACCCGCCGGACAGAAGGUGCAAGUGAUUAUCGACUCUUUAAGUUUCCCAUGUCUUGAUACCUGUACGAGUUUUCUUGAGGUGAAAGAAGCACAAAGCAAGACUGCAACUGGAGCUCGCCUCUGUUGUAAAUCUGGUGACAACUUCUAUUCCGAAGGCGACGACAUCAUUCUUAUCUUCAAGGGGGAUUCACAGAUUCAAAGUGGCUACCAAGGAUUCUCCGCUCGUUACAGAUACUACGGGAAUGCAAUGAACACUCCUCCCACUACCAAUCGUCCUACAGCAACUACUACCUCUAACUACAUCAAGCCAACCGCAACAACAGUCGAAGCGAGAGGAGAAUGGGGCCUUUGGGGUGAAUGGGCCGUCUGCAGUGCCACAUGUGGAGGAGGAGAGCGAUCUCGUCUACGUGCAUGUUACGGCGGAAAUCGACGUUGCUCAGGUUCUUCUGUUCAAACGGAAUCGUGCAAUACAAAUGAAUGCGUCGACGGUACAGGAGGAGGAGAAGGAGGAGGAGGAGGAACAUGUACUGGACGCAUACUACUUCCGUGUGAUUUGCUUGAGAUCGUUAUGUUCGGAGAAUCUACGAAUGUUUACCGCGAUUCUGUCUCGAGUAAUCAAGCAUCACCAUCGUCAGAUCAUCGGAGUUACUCCGAUUGUGGAGCUUCUCAUGAAUCCACAUAUCACAUCCUCAGAAAACGUGAACAAUUCGGAAAAUUCUCGAACGAUGGGAUUUGUGAGAAAAAAUUCACUUACCAGUGCCCUACGUCUCUUCUUACAAUUCAUAUGGAUUGGAAAAAGGAGAGUGCUCCUCCUCUAUUCUACAAAUCACGAAGUUCCACGGAAUCCUAUUUCUAUAGGAGAAGACGCUGUGGAAAUCGUCAUCGAUAA